AGAGAAUUCGGGAGGAUAUGGCGAGGCUAUCUGGACUCCAGAAAGAUGUUCUAUCGCUUUAUCGGCAAUGUUUGAGAGCUGUGAGGCAAAAGCCAGCUGAAACGCAAUCGCAUUUUCGCGAUUUCGCAAAGGCAGAGUUUCAGAAGCACGUACAUGUUGGCAAGAAGGACUUUGGAACCAUUGAGUAUCUUCUUCGAAGAGGACGGAACCAGAUCGAACUAUAUUCAGACCCAGGGAUACGAGAUAUUCACAGCUAGUGACUAGCUAAGGGGCGCCUUGUCGACUUGUCGAAACAAGAAAGAUCGCAAGGGACUGGAACCGAUCGUCGCCACACCAGACAGCAGGACGACUGGUAGUCCAUGAUAGACUCAGCUGUUACGCAAUAAGGAU